AUCAGACGAUCAGACCACACUGAUCGCGGCACAUCGCACACGUUCUAGUGGUAGCGUUCGAUGGUCUUUUCUUAAUCGAUCGAACAUGAUUUUAAACGCUGUAACGAAAGCAGUUCCUGCCUCCUUGAGAGUUAUUAAACCUUCUCUCUUGCAAAAUGAAAUCGCUAAAGUGACAGGCGUCCUCGCUAUCAACAGAAGAGACUAUGCUGCCAAAGCCGCGGCUGUAUCCAAAGGUGGUGCGCAAGGAAAGGUAGUUGCUGUCAUUGGUGCUGUUGUUGAUGUACAAUUUGAUGAUGCUCUCCCACCUAUACUUAAUGCUUUGGAGGUACAGAACCGUACACCUAGACUGGUACUCGAAGUUGCCCAACAUCUUGGAGAAAAUACAGUGCGCACCAUUGCUAUGGAUGGUACGGAGGGUUUAGUACGUGGUCAAAAUGUGUUCGAUUCUGGAUUCCCUAUUCGUAUUCCUGUGGGAGCCGAAACCUUAGGCCGUAUCAUCAAUGUAAUUGGUGAACCCAUUGAUGAACGUGGACCUAUCCCCACAAAUAAGUUGGCCCCUAUUCAUGCAGAUGCUCCUGAAUUUGUAGACAUGUCCGUUGAACAAGAGAUUCUAGUCACUGGCAUCAAAGUCGUGGACUUGCUGGCUCCCUAUGCUAAGGGUGGAAAGAUUGGCCUAUUUGGUGGUGCUGGAGUCGGAAAAACUGUACUUAUCAUGGAACUAAUCAACAAUGUGGCCAAGGCUCAUGGUGGUUAUUCAGUGUUUGCUGGCGUGGGUGAAAGAACGCGCGAGGGUAACGAUCUCUAUCAUGAGAUGAUCGAAUCUGGUGUAAUUUCUCUCAAGGACAAAACCUCUAAAGUAGCACUAGUUUAUGGGCAAAUGAAUGAACCGCCUGGCGCCCGCGCCCGUGUAGCUCUCACUGGUCUCACCGUCGCCGAGUACUUCCGUGAUCAGGAAGGUCAGGAUGUACUGUUAUUCAUUGAUAACAUCUUCAGGUUUACUCAGGCUGGUUCCGAGGUGUCUGCUUUGUUGGGUCGUAUUCCAUCUGCUGUGGGUUAUCAACCUACGUUGGCUACUGAUAUGGGUACUAUGCAAGAACGUAUCACCACGACAAAAAAGGGAUCCAUCACUUCUGUUCAAGCCAUUUAUGUACCUGCUGAUGACUUAACAGAUCCUGCUCCCGCUACCACUUUUGCUCACUUGGACGCUACAACCGUAUUGUCACGUGCCAUUGCUGAAUUAGGUAUUUAUCCAGCUGUCGAUCCUCUCGACUCCACAUCCCGCAUCAUGGAUCCCAAUAUUAUCGGCACAGAACAUUAUAAUAUCGCCCGUGGUGUACAGAAGAUCCUUCAAGAUUAUAAGUCGCUACAGGAUAUCAUUGCAAUUUUGGGUAUGGACGAAUUGUCAGAGGAAGAUAAGCUGACGGUUGCACGUGCGCGUAAAAUCCAAAGGUUUUUGUCCCAGCCAUUCCAGGUCGCCGAGGUGUUCACUGGUCAUGCCGGCAAACUAGUACCAUUACAAGAAACUAUCAAAGGAUUCCAAAAGAUUUUGGCUGGAGAAUUGGAUCACUUACCGGAAGUAGCAUUUUACAUGGUUGGUCCGAUCGAAGAAGUAGUAGCGAAAGCGGAAUCGUUGGCCAAACAAUAAAUUAAUUUAGUCGUCUUAAAA